AGGCAUAUCGUUCAAAUUUGACAAUACAAUAUUAACACCUAAAACUGGUAAUGCAUGUGCAUCGGUUAAUCUCGACUAUACACGCUAUACUCGCAACAUAUUAAAUGAACGUAAUAAUCAAACUGUAUGAUUAUUUCGUUUAACACGUCUGGCACGACAGGUCAUUUUCUCUAGGCCUACAUAGGUGAUUCUCAUUGGUUACGAGACUACACUUGUUGUUAAAACCGAAACGAAAAGCCAGGGAGGAUUUCCGAGAACGAGAUUAGUGUGCGGCAUAGCUGGAUAAGGAAGAAGGAUGUAGUCGACUGAAUUUAGGCGGUUCAGCUGUAAGCAUAGUGAUACGCUAGAAAGAACUAUCACCAUGAAGACAAGGGAGCAACUUGUUCUCCGGAAGAAUCAUAGAUUCCUGAUUCAGAAUAUUGAUAUUAAAGUCGUUGUGGAAUGCCUAUAUGAAAAGCAAGUCCUCAGCCUAGACGACAAGGAAAGGAUACCGGUGGAUGCUACCAAUGAUGAUCAGGUGGACAAGCUACUGAAAAUACUUCCCAGAAAACAUAACGCCUACCAGAUAUUACUAGAUUGUGUGGAUGACCAUAUCAGAGAGAAACUUCAACAAUGCACAAUUACAGAGGAUGAGAUCAGAAAAGAGGACCAGCUUCUGGACGAUUUGGUUCGUGGAAUUUUGAAUGACAUUUUCUGCUGCGAAGAAAAGGCAAAUGUGUCCGUAUCGGCAUUGGAAGACGAGGUCCGUCAGCAGGUCAUUGAAUAUGGACGCGAGUACAGGCUGAAGCAAGACCACCUCCAAGGGUUAGUUUUAUCUACAUUUGAUACUGUUUCCCUCGGACGACGUGGAGGAAGAAGCAAGAGAACCCAUGUGUAUAAAAAUCUGUCCUGGCGACAAAAAGAUUCCGAAUCCGAUGGAAAUGAUUCUGGUGACGAAGAUGCACAUACAAGCCAAGUUCAAAGUAGUCCAUGCAUUGAAGAGAUGGAUGUAGACGAGAUCUGUGAUGUUCUUGAAAAAUUUGAUCUAGGUGCAGACCGAUUCAAUAGAAAGAUACUAACAAUAUUCAAGAACGAAAAAGUCGAUGGAAAAAUUUUCAAAUGUUUGGAUUCGGAUGAUACGAAAGAGAUCUUACAAGAAUUUUCCUUUCGUGAUAGGAAAAAUCUGCUGAUAAUUCGAGACGAACUGAUAGAAUCUGAAAAAACAGGGAAACCUGUGACGUCGGUUAACAAACAACAGAAAGGCAAAGCUAAAAUAAAAAAUACUGAACCGAAAGGACACUUCAGAGAAUCGUUCAGGAAAUUUGAAGCACCUGUUGGACAUCUUGACAACUACCGGAAAUCUGCAGUAAUACGAACGAGUAUAACCAGACCGCAUAACUUGAUAGAACCAGUUCAUCUGUUUCUGAACAAAACACCGAAAACGCCAGUAGAAAGGGUCAAAUGGAUCGCUGAAGAGACUGUUCGUUUUGCAUCUGCAUGCAUGAACGAAAGGACGAAUGGAACCAUUCAUUUUGGUGUUGAACAAAAAGCCAAUAGUGAGUGCUUGGAAGGAGAGAUUAUCGGCAUAGACGUUGAAAAGGACAGUUGCAAGAGAGCCAUUUAUCAAGCUAUAACUUCUCAUUUUUAUGAGGAUCAGAUUGAGUUAGCACUCAAUUGUAUCAGACCAGUUGAGUUUAUAGAUGUAAACAACGUCGAUUCUUCUGGAGGACAGCUGGUCGUUGUCGAGGUAGACAUAGUACCCAACUCCACCUUACUUAAGGAUGAGGCGGUAUAUGUUAAGUUUGAUGAGGAGGGAAUGGUUAUAUUUCGCCUCCUAAAUGACGAUCCACAUCCAUCAUCUCUGACAGAUGAACAGAUACGCCAAUAUAUGAGAUCUAAAAAAGAACUUUCAAUAUACAGAAAACAGCAGGAAGAAAUUCCCAAGACAGUUCCCAUACAGGAAAAUCUCCGACAGAAAUUCCUAAACUUAUUUUGCGGUGGUUGCGAAACUUUGACAGAAGAAAUGUAUCCGAUAAUUUUCCUCAGUCCGUUGGAAUGCAACACUGUCCACAACUUUGCAGAAAGUUUCCAGUUUGUCAAUGACAUUGAGCCAUGCGUGAUUUUUGAUUUCAGUUCUUCCAGCGUUGUAGACGGAAUGUACCAUUUCAUUGAGAUUGAAAAGGAGCAAGUUGUCAAGGUUUUGACAACUGAAAAUUUCGACAAAAAUUCUGAUGAAAAUAAAGAAGACCACGAGCGACGAAAUCACUUGUUUGACGAUCUUAGAACAUCCGCUUUAAGACCAUGGGUCUUUUGCAAUGGUUAUGAUGUCAUGGAGGAACAACCCAUGGAUGUUCUGGAAUGGAAACGAAACCGAAGUGAAGGAUUCAAAGAGGCUUUGCGGUUUUAUGGAGACGAAGUUCCCAGUGGAAGAGCAAUGGUAAUUUUUCUUCUGCUCUCGAAGAACUAUGAUGUACUGCUUGAAGCUGCGGAAGAGGUUAUACUGAAGUUCCAGGACCAAUGGAUGCUACUUUCGCCGAGUGAGGAUAUCGCUAAUAGCUUGAUUAGCGAAUUGCUGAGACGACAGAGUAUUGACGAGAAAACAAUGUCAGAGAGAUGUAUUGUAGGACUGCCAUGGAACCAUGUCAAUAUAAUGCUACAAAAUUUAGUCUCGAACAACAAAAGGGGGUCAUGUGAAAUUGCGACUUCAAAGGGCGCAUUUUGCUAUUUGCGUGAUAAAGUUAGAAACGAAAUGUGCGACCUUGAGAUUCUUAGCAUGAACGAAUGUGAUGACACCGAGAUAACCAUGGAUAAACAGAAACUUGAAAAACACAGUAGGGAGGCUCAGGAAUCCUUUUUUAGGGGUCACGAAGCUACAUGGUGGAACUAUUGGUUUGGUUCUGAUCAUAUAUUGCAGAGGUCGCAGCAUUCCAAACUGAUGAACAUUCUCACGGAGGCGUUGAACGGACACCAACAUGAUGACGAUUGUAGAGUUGCUAUCGUCAACCUAAUGCACCAACCGGGUGCUGGUGGAACUACCUCCGCCAAACAAUUGCUGUGGGAUUCAAGACGGAUGUAUAGAUGUUGUAUUGUGAAGCAAAUUACCGACCAAACAUGUGAUCAAAUUGCUCUCCUGAGGAACUAUGAUGACCCAUCCAAUCCAAAACCGCCGAUCGUGCUGUUGGAUAAUUGUGAUGAAGAGAACGUUCAGAACCUCUACGCAUCGCUUGAAAACAGAGCUAGGGUUGCUGCAAGGCGAAGCGAAACAACACCCUUUUCCUGUUUCUGUGUCCUUCUCCUUUGCACUCGGAGAACAAAUCUUCCAAAGAAAAUUGACGAUUCAGUUGUCCUUCUGAAACAUGAAUUGGAACCCCGUGAACUAGACUGGUUCAACAAAAAGUAUGAAUCCCUCGAACAAAAGUAUCAAAAUGAGAAUGGUGUCAAUCCUCGCUUGUUGAUAUCUUUCAACAUUCUGAAAGAAAAUUUUAACAAGGAAUAUAUCACUCGUACUGUUCAACAGUAUGUCGACAGCAUUGGAAUUCAAGAAGAACAGUUCCUAUUGUUGUAUUUGGCCAUGAUGAACAGUUAUGACAUUGAUUUUCAGUCCAUUCCUAUCAGCGCUUUUGACACAAUGAUGAGCCCAGAAUCAAAUAGAGGUGUAAUUUCAUUCGGCUUGGUAUCACCUCAACGCCAGAGGUCGAAACGACGAUGGGAGAGCAAUAUGAGUCAGCCGUUGCAAGUUCUGCUCAAUCGAUCAUCAAGAGGUGGCCUGGGAACAAACCUCCAAGCUCUUUCUAUCAUAAACAAGCUGUUUGCGAGAGAAAUAUUCAAGUUUUUGCAGAAAAAGCUUGAGAAGGAAACGAGUGAUGCCAUGUUAUUCUUUCUGAGUUCACCAGUUUUUAUCAACCAGAACAGGUCUGUUGACCAGGUUAAGAAAAUUGUCAAGGACAUCCUGAAAAAGAGAGAACAGCUAGAAAAUGGAAAAAAAGAAACUUUUUCGCCUAUGCUCCUUGAAAUAUGCUCGAAAGAAGACCCUGAUAAAGCAGCAGCUGUUCUUCUGAAGGGAUUUAACAUGACAAAGGACCCAAUGAUUGCACAACAAAUAGCAAGACUGUACAUGAGUUUCAAAAAUUGGGAAGAUGCAACAAAAUAUUCCAAGAUAGCUACGCACUUGAAGCCCAAAAACUCGUACCUGUGGGAUACCUACGGUUUGGUGUUCAAAAAUCAAUUGCAGGAAAAGUAUGAAUGUUGUCUUCAACAAGGAACUGAAUUAUCCAUGAAUGAGACGAGAGAGGUUAUAAAGUUGGCAAAUACUGGCAUAGGCAUAUUUCACAAAGAACAAUCAGUCAGCGAACAGGAAAAACAUGCCUCUGCCAAUGACGCAGGGUACUACAAUGAAGUACAUUUAGUGAUACUGUUGCUGGAUUUGCUAAAGGUAUCAUCACCGAUUAAAGGGAAUAAACUGCAUGCCAUUUUGGUUGACAAAGAACUCCAGUAUGAAAAGGUCGGAAUACCCGACUUCGACAGGGAAACUUUUGAAUAUUUACGGACUCUUCGGUUUCAUAUCGAUGCUGCCAUGAGAAAGAUAGAAGACAAAACUACUCAACUAAAGAAUAGUGCCGUGAAAAAUGCAUAUCUGAUAAAAUCUGGCUUUGCGUACCGCACACUGACGCGUUUGAGGGAAAACGUAGAUAGCUACUUUGGUGAGGAUACAGAUGAAGUGCCUGAACACUUGAGCGAGAAAGAUAAGGCAGACUUUAGGAGAAGAAGAAUUCGUAAACUUGGAGGAAGAUCUCUUGCCAAUAUCCUAGAACUUAGACGUGAACAGGAAGGUGAACAAAAAUUGGAACUGAUAUUCACGCAUCUCCAAGCCAUUUUGAAGACAGAAGAAAAUAUUGAAGCAUUUGACAUUAAAAGUUUCAUAAGUGUAGCAAUUGUAUUGCAUAUCACUAAAACUAGAUGCAAUCCUUAUCCUUUUGAGGAUUUAGUCGCAUUAAGCAGACGACUGUACAUUAUCCAAAGCGAUAGCGCAGAUGAGCUACCUUAUUUAGAGGUUUUUCUUUACCUGAUGAUGCUUCAUUGGCCAACAGAGAACAGAGGACAACUGCAGCUAUACCCCAUAGGGAAACUUCCAGAUGCUAUGCAGAAAUGGAAAACAGCCUUCCAAAAGAAUCACCCACGUCAAAUGGAUGGCAACCAAUAUCGUAUGAAAAGGGAAACGACAUAUUUCUUCCUUGGAAAAGGACAAGGAUACGAUGAAAUCGUGUAUUACGAAGAACUCCAUAACAGCCAUACAGGUAGAUACUACAAAGGAGACACCGUAUGGUCGCAACCGCAGAACAUCGAAAGGCUAAAACGUCUGGAUGGGAUACUGAUUAAGGAUGGAACCGAAGUGUCCGUCGAGAUAAAGACAGCAGGUGGCAACAAAACACAGAUUGUUAUACCCACUGGAACUCACAUUGGUCAACGGAGUCUUUGGCAAAAACGGGUCUACUUUUACCUAGGAUUCACAUGGUUAGGACCGAAAGCUUUCGAUGUUACACAAGACGACAGGAAAUCAAGCGAUUCAGAAGCUCGAUUCCAUAGCAAGACCAGGAAAACGGCAAGUAAAAACGUUCCUUUACAACCAGAGCCUGACGUUGCGCAGCAAAUUCUUGGCAUACACAAAUCCCUAAAGAAUAUUGAGCAUCUGAAAGGAAUGAAUGGAAGGAGCGAACGAGAGGAAAACCUCAUCAAGAGGGAGCCAGAGCUUCGCAAGCGGCUUGAGUUCCUCAUCAAAAGUCGACAAGAAUUAUUCCAAUACUGAGAUAGAUCCUUUUUGACUGACGAAUCUUUGUAGAGACCUGUUUCAAAACGUUCCUGUACCAAUACAUGCAUGGACCUUUCGUUUGUGCUUAGGUAAUUCGUUUGUGGUAUUUUUUCUGUUCUGAACUGUCUAUAGAUCUAUAGAGUCAGACUAAAUUGAGAUUAAGAUAGGUAUUUUUGAAGUUGUACUCUACUUAAUUUCUACAUAUUUAAUUUUUGCAUCGUCCUUUCCGUCAAUAUUCAUUAUCAUGACAGUCAUUUUAAUGUUAGGCGUUUAUUCACAAGCAAAUAAUUCCAUGUUGUUCCACGUGCCGUUUUACUAUAUAAUUGGCAAAUAUGAAAUGCUUGAAUGUAUUUCGUCAUCAGUGAAAACAUUCUGUGUCAGAUUUAUCUGAAGAAAUUAUUGAAUUAAUUCUGUCAAUGUUUGGAUAGUUCUUCAUUGAUGAUUCUUCAUGAUAGAAACAUUGCUUGCUUAUUAUCUCUAAUGAAGAUAAAUGUAUAUUUAAAUCAUUAAAUCUUUUUCUCCGUAGUGUGAUAUAUUCAUAUAUAAGUUUUCAUUAUUGUUGUUGCCAUGAGGUUAACACUUGUACUCUACUAUUUACAUCCAACCCAGUUAAAUCAUGUUUAUUUAAUGAAAUUUGAUGUUUGUUAUGCCAGGUAUACUUAUAAACUGUCAUUAGAAUGUAUUAUACUUGAUUUUUAGCCCACCAUCAUCAGAUGGUGGGCUAUUCAAAUCGCCCUGCGUCCGUGGUCCGUCGUCCGUCCCUCCGUCCCUCCGUCCGU